CAGGUCCUAUGACUGGCUGGGCAAUCAGGGCAGCUCGCGGAUUCCCACCCCGGGCCCCGCCUGCUCUCUCGGACCCCCACGCCGAACCCAGCUGCCACCCCUGGGAGCCCGCCAGCUUGCCCCCGGCGCGCAAUGGAUUUCUGAGCGAGAGCUGAAACGGCAGAUCGAAGAAUCAGAGGCAAGUCUGCCCAGCAAGGGACGGGGACAAGCAGGAGCCCCCAGGCCUGGGCCACCGUCCCGAAGGCCUCCAGCAGGCUCCUGGAGUCAGCAUGCCCGUGGCCUGUGGCUGGACCGCCCUUCUGCUCCUGCUGGCGCUGCAGGGCGGCUGGGGCUGCCCACGCCUCGUCUGCUACACCGAUUACCUCCAGACGGUCACCUGCAUCCUGGAGAUGUGGACGCUCCACCCCAGCACCCUCACGCUUGCCUGGCAAGACCAGUACGGAGAACUGGAGGAUGAGGUCACCUCCUGCAGCCUCCACAGGUCCACCCACAACACCACGCAUGCUAAGUACACGUGCCACAUGGAUGUGUUCCGCCUCAUGGCCGACGACAUUUUCAGCGUCAACAUGACAGACCAGUCUGGCAACCACUCCCAGGAGUGCGGCAACUUCAUCCUGGCUGAGAGCAUCAAGCCGGCUCCCCCUUUCAACGUGACCGUGACCUUCUCGGAACAUUAUAACGUCUCCUGGCGCUCGGAUUACGAAGACCCCGCUUUCUACGCGCUGAAGGGCAAGCUGCAGUACGAGCUGCAGUACAGGAACCGGGGCGACCCCUGGGCUCUGAGUCCGAGGAGAAAGCUGAUCUCGGUGGACUCGAGAAGUGUCUCCCUCCUUCCCUUGGAGUUCCGCAAAGCCUCGAGCUAUGAGCUGCAGGUGCGGGCAGGGCCCCGGCCUGGCUCCUCUUUCCAGGGGACCUGGAGCGAGUGGAGUGACCCAGUCAUCUUUCAGACCCAGCCAGAGGAGUCAAAGGAGGCCUGGGACCCUCACCUGCUGCUCCUGCUCCUUCUGCUUAUCAUAGUCUGCAGCCUUGUCGGCUGGAGCCUGAAGUCCCGCCCAUCCUGGAGGUUGUGGGAGAAGGUGUGGCCGGUGCCCAGCCCAGAGCAGUUCUUCCAGGCCCUGUACGACGGCCACAGAGGGGACUUCAAGAAAUGGGUGGGUGCACCUUUCACUGCCUCCAGCCUGGAGCUGGCACCCUGGAGCCCGGGGGCACCCUCGCCCCUGGAGGUGUACAACUGCCGCCCGCCACCCAGCCCGGCCAAGGGGCCGGGGCCCACCGAGCUGCCAGAGCUGGCCGACCUGCUGGAAUCCGACGGCGUGCCUGAGCCCAGCCGCUGGGGCCCCGCGCCCUCCGCAGCCCACAGCCCCGGUGGCUCAGCCUGCAGCGAGGAGAGGGACCGGCCGUAUGGCCUGGUGUCCGUGUCCAUUGACACAGUGACCGUGGCGGACGCAGAGGGGCCCGGCUCCUGGCCCUGCAGCUGUGGGGACGACGGCUACCCAGCCCUGGACCUGGAUGCCGGCCUGGAGCCUGGCCCAGGCCUAGAGGGCCCACUCUUGGUCACAGGGACCACCGUCCUCUCCUGUGGCUGCGUCUCGACUGGUGGCCCUGGGCUGGGAGGGACCAUGGGCAGCCUCCUGGACAGGCUACGGCUGCCCCUUGCAGACGAGGAGGGCUGGGCCGUGGGGCCGCCCUGGGGUGACAGGCCGCCCGGAGAGGUCUCGGAGAGUGAGGCGGGCUCGCCCCCAGUCGGCCUGGACAUGGACACAUUUGACAGCGGCUUUGCGGGCUCUGACUGUGGCAGCCCUGUGGAGUGUGACUUUGCCAGCCCCAAGGAUGAAGGGCCCCCCAGGAGCUACCUCCGCCAGUGGGUGAUCAUGGCCCCCCCACUGUCAGGACCUGGGCCUCAGGCCAGCUAAUGAGGCUGACUGACCGUCCCGAGCUGGCUGGGCCACUGGGCCCUGAGCCAGAGACACGGUCCCCUGGGCUGCGAUGUGAAGAGACCUGCAGCCUUUGGUCUCCCUGAUGGGCAUCUCAGCCUGAUGUUUACAGCGUGUGUGCGCAUGUGCACGUGUGU